AGUUUGCGUACAAGUGUGAGUGAGCUGAUGAUGUGUGUGUGUCUCUCUCUCUCUCCCUCUAUAUAUAUAAACUCUUUUUUGGAAGGGCUUGGGAACUCAUCAAAAUUGGGAUAUAAUCUCACAGAGAUGAUGAGGACUCUGCACUUUGAUAAGAAGACUUUAAAGAAAGGAGCUUGGAGCCGUGAAGAAGAUCAGAAGUUGAUUAAUUACAUCAACAAAUAUCGCAUUUGGAUCUGGAGUGAGAUGCCAAAAGCUGCAGGUUUGUUAAGGUCUGGGAAAAGUUGUAGACUUCGAUGGGUGAAUUAUCUAAAGCCAGGUAUCAGGCGUGGAAACUUUACAAGAGAAGAAGAAGAAACCAUACUCAAUAUGCAUGAAAUGCUUGGAAAUAAAUGGUCUGCAAUCGCUGCAGCACUGCCAGGAAGAACCGACAACGAAAUAAAAAAUUACUGGCACUCCCGCUUGAAGAAACGCUUACGCAAACCACGGACCCAAUCACAAGCAUCCAGCAGCACUGAAGUGUCAGAGUGGCCGAGGAACGUCCCAGACUCAGCGCAGCCGCCUUUUAGCGUGUGCUUAUCACCGAAUACUGGUCCUGCUGUUUGGAUUAAUGAAAAUCAGAACAUAGAGGCAAAUCUUGGGUCAAAAUUAGAAACAUUUGAUGGACUCUUAAGUUCAUGCGAAAAUCAGAAUAUGGAGGAAAACUUGUACUUGGAAAAUCUCCAAGAAAUGUUUGAGAAUCCUGGAUUUGCUCUCCCACAGAGUGAGCUGUGGUUCUCAGAGCCAACAAGUCCAUAUGGUUUCUACCAUGAUCCUUGGUUCAACUUCAACCUCUCAGUGCAAUCAGAUAUGGCUGGAGUGAAAGAGCCUAAUGUCCAUUUUUAAGUGAUACCAUAGUUUUUGUGCUCCUUAGAUUUUCGUAAUUAAACUGUGUCUGUGUCAUUCUAGUGUUACAGUCAGUCUUUUGAGUAUUAGGACCGUGUGUGAGGCCGUCCGUGCUGUGUUUCAUCUUGUACGCAGUUAGUCUUAAAGCCUAGAUAAAUAUGAGGAUUGUGUGUGGCAGUAUGUGUCGUGUCUAGCGUUUCAUCUUUCACAUAGUCUUAAGUCUAGAUAAAUAAAAGCAUUGUAUGCAAAGAAGCCUGUGUUGUGUCUAGCGUUUCAUCCUUCACAU